AUGCCGAAAUUCUUCUGCGACUACUGCGAUGUCUACCUCACCCACGACUCCAUGAGCGUGCGCAAAGCCCACAACAGCGGCCGCAACCACCUCCGCAAUGUCGUCGACUACUACCAGCAAAUCGGCCACGAAAAAGCCCAAUCCGUAAUCGACUCCAUCACCUCCUCCUACGCCGCCGAAGGCCAAGCCCACGCCAACCCCAUGCUCCCCCACAACCAGCCCGGCGGAGGCGGUUUCGGGCUCGGUCCCCGCGGUGGCGGUCCCGGUCUUCACUUCGGCGGUGGUGGUCCAGGCGGUCCCGGCGGCCUCGGUGGACACGGACACGGACACGGGUUUCCUGGUGCACCUGGCGGUGGUGGACCGGGAGGAUUUCCCGGUGGACCGGGUGCUGGUGCAGCAGGACCAGGUGGUCUCCCCCUCCCACCACCACCGUUCCUCUCCUCCUCCGGUCCCGGCAGCGGCGGCGCAGGUGCGGGUGCCGCGCCAGCCGGAUUCCCAGCCGGCCUCCCCCCUCCCCCCUUCCCGAUCCCCGGAAUGCCCGGCGCACCACCUUUUCCCUUCCCUCCCCCCUUCCCACCUACCGGAGCCGGAGCCGGAGCUGGCGCAGGUGGAGCAGCUGGAGCACCGCCUUUUCCGAUCCCGGGGUUUCCGAUUCCGCCUCCUUCUGUUAGUGGUGCCGGUGGAGGUGGGGCGGGCAGCACGGCAGCGACACCGCCGUUUCCUGGUGGUGGUGCUGGUGGAUUCCCGCCGCCGGGUGCGCCGGGGGGGUUGCCGUUUCCUCCGCCGGGGGGGUUUCCUGGGUUUCCGGGGGCGCCUGGGGGUGGUGGGGGGUUUUCUGGGGAGGGUCGCUGA